AGCACCUAUCUCAUAUGAAUUAAAAGCUAUACUAUAACAGAGGGUUCUAGCAUGAGUCUUACAUACAGUACUUCUCUCUAUACAUUAGUUUUCUCCUUUUUUUUUUAUCAUCCCAUCAUCCCUUCUCAUGCUUUCAUUUGAAUUUUGUUGAUGCCUCUUCUUUAAUCACCAGGCUAAUUCAAGUUGACCACAAUGGAGAAUAGAACAGAAAUGACAGAGUUUAUCCUCUUGGGAUUAACAGAUGACCCCAAUCUUCAGAUACCCCUCCUCCUGGCAUUUUUAUUCAUCUACCUCAUCACCUUGCUUGGGAAUGGAGGAAUGAUGGUGAUCAUCCACUCAGACUCCCAUCUCCACACUCCAAUGUACUUUUUCCUCAGUAACCUCUCCUUUGUAGACUUGGGUUACUCAUCAGCUGUAGCCCCCAAAACGGUGGUUGCAUUGCAGUCAGGGGACAAGGCCAUCUCCUACAAUGGAUGUGCAGCUCAGUUCUUCUUCUUUGUGGGGUUUGCCACUGUUGAGUGCUACCUCCUGGCCUCCAUGGCCUAUGACCGCCAUGCAGCGGUAUGUAGGCCUCUUCAUUACACCACCACCAUGACAGCAGGUGUGUGUGCCCUCCUUGCUACUGGUUCCUAUGUCUCUGGCUUCCUUAAUGCCUCUAUCCAUGCAGCAGGCACCUUCAGACUCUCCUUCUGUAGUUCUAAUGAGAUUAAUCAUUUCUUCUGUGACAUUCCCCAACUCCUGGCUCUCUCAUGCUCUGACACGCACAUCAGCACCAGCAAGUUGGUGGUCUUCUUUGUGGUGGGUUUCAACGUCUUUUUCACCCUCCUGGUCAUCCUCAUUUCUUACUUCUUCAUAUGCAUCACCAUUCAAAGGAUGCGUUCUGCUGAAGGGCGGAAGAAAGUAUUCUCCACCUGUGCUUCCCAUCUCACUGCUGUGUCCAUCUUCUAUGGCACAAUCAUCUUCAUGUACUUACAGCCCAACUCCAGCCAGUCCAUGGACACAGACAAAAUAGCCUCUGUGUUUUACACAGUGGUGAUUCCCAUGCUGAAUCCCUUGAUCUACAGCCUUAGGAACAAAGAAGUGAAAAGUGCUCUCUGGAAAAUACUCAACAAACUUUACCCCCAAUAUUAAGUGUGAAUGGGAAGUAGGCAAGCAAUUAAGGGAUAAACUUUCUCUCACACCUAAAUGCCAUCAUGACUUUUAAUGUUUGGCUGGUUCGGUUCUUUCUUCCCCAAGAACAGUGGUUACUUCUGCUAUUAGAAGAUGUAAAAAGCAGCACAUUGAAAAGUCUUACUUAGAAAGAUAAUCUUAUAUUUAGUGAACAGCAGCAUGGGACAGUUGAGCUUUUCUUGCUUUAGUUUCUUGAUGUGUUUUAAAGCAGAAGAUUGAAGGAUAUCACUGAAUGUACUGAAUUUUCCUCAUCCUAUUUUUAAUUGUAAGGAUUUUUCAUUCACUAUUAAACUUGGUAUAAAGAUUUCGCCUUCAUUUAUAAUAUUUAUCA